AUGAAGAGAAAGAUAGAUUUCGUUGAAGAAGAACACGAGAGUGAACAUGAAGAAAGCGAAAGUUCUGGUGAUGAAAGCGAGGAUGAAGAACCAAUAAUAAAAGAUGUUUUGAGUCAUCUUCCCCGAGCGGUUUCGGUAAAGCGUGCUCCUGAAUUGCUGCAUAGUAUGGCCGCUUCCAAAGAUCUUUUAUUCUGGACUCCCCGCGGACAAUUACUUCGAAAUAAACGUAUAAUUCCCGUCGCAAACAUCGCCGAGCUACUUGAGUAUGUGGUACUACCUUAUAACGAUGACGUAAGCAAACCUCGUGCGCUGAAUACUUUCCUAGAUGGACUUGCAGAGUUAGGAAUCGAUAAAGGUUUAAUCAAGAACAAAAGGUUGUUAAUUGAUUUAAUAGAAAAAGAAAAAGGCUACCAAAAUGUAAAAAUACGUCCGAUAACGAGAGUAAUAACGAGGAGAGUUCAUCGGAUAUUGAAAAUCAGGAAGAGGAGGAGGAACUGGCUUCUGAGAAUGGCGUUGAAGCUGAGGGCACCCAGGAGAGCGACAACGACACUGAAAACGACAGUCAGGAAACAGAAAGUAGUAGCCCUGAGACGUCCACCACCUUUCACUCUAAAAGUCCAUGUGAACAUUGCGAAAACUCUAAUGUGUACUCGACAUUGA